AUGAGGUUCUGGUCUCUGCUCAUCGUGGCAUGGCUGCCGGUUCUGCAGGUCCUCCUCGUAGGAUUGCUGGGUGCUCUUCUCGCAUCCAAUCGUUUAAACGUUCUCACAUCUGAUGCACGCAGGAACAUCAAUAAGAUUGUUUAUAUUGUCUUCGUUCCAUCGCUCGUCUUCUCUAGCUUGGCGAGCACUGUCACGCUCAAGGACAUCAUCUCCUGGUGGUUCAUGCCAGUGAACAUGGGCAUCAUAUUUCUGAUUGGAGCAGUUCUAGGAUGGGUGUCUGUCAAAGCCUUCAGACCCGGGGAACAUCUUCAGGGACUCGUCAUUGCUUGUUGCUCAUCAGGUAACUGGGGCACUAUCCCUUUGAUGAUUAUUCCAGCAAUUUGCAACGAGGUGGGCAGUCCCUUUGGGGACGCCAAUACCUGCAACUCUCUUGGUCUCUCCUAUGUCUCGUUAUCAAUGGCGCUCGGAAAUUUCUACAUAUGGACGCACAGCUACAGUGUCAUGAGGAGAUCUGCUAAACUGUACAAGGCAAAAUGCAAGAAUCAUCACACUCGGACCGAAGAACAUUUGGGUCAAGAUGCAACUGACGAUUAUGUGGCUUUUGUUCCACCGACUUCUGAAAAUUUUUCAGACGAUUGUGGCAACUCCAUUAGUUCCCCCUUGCCUUCAAAUGAUUUUAGAGAUAUCUUCUUGAGUUGCUACGUGAGAGCGACCAAGGAUUUGUUGGUAGAAGUACUGAAAGAACUGUGGUCACCACCAAGUAUAGCUGCGCUCGUGGGAUUCACUAUCGGCGCAAUAGACAAGAUGAAGUCACUUGUUACGGAAGAAAGUUCCCCACUUCGGGUAGUCCAAGAUACAACCAAAUUACUAGGAGAUGCAGCAAUUCCAUGCACCGUGCUGAUCCUCGGUGGAAACCUAACAAAAGGGAUAGGCAAGACGGUGAUCGAGCCUGUUGUGGUGAUAUCGAUCGUUGCCAUACGCUACUUCGUCCUCCCUGCCUGCGGCAUCGGCGUCGUCACCGCUGCCACCAAGCUUGGGUUCCUACCAAGAUCUCCCCUGUACCGCUAUGUGCUCCUGCUGCAGUCCACAGUUCCUCCAGCCAUGAGCAUUGGUAAUGCAACUCAGCUGUUUGACGUUGGGGAAGAGGAGUGCUCUAUCAUCUUCCUGUGGACGCAUCUGGUUGCUGCCCUGGCUCUCACGCUUUGGUCGACGGUGUUCUUGUCGCUCGUGCUGUGA